GCGAGAGAGUUUACUGUUCUCGUAAUUCAUUGAUGACACAUAUCUAUACCUAUCAUAAGAGCAGACCUGGUGACAUUGACAUUAAGUUCUUUUGAAGGUUUAGAUAAGGUACGGGUAAUGGGAUGCAGCCACCAACAUCGCUUCCCCCUGCCGUGUACCGAAUGCCACCACCAACUGCUGGUGGUAUUAAUGAACCGCAGGAAUGUCCUUACUGUCGUCGUACAUUUUCCUGUUAUUAUUCAUUGAAACGUCAUUUUCAGGAUAAACACGAACAGUCAGAUACACUAUAUGUAUGUGAAUUUUGUAAUCGUCGUUAUCGUACUAAAAAUUCACUAACAACACACAAAAGUUUACAGCAUCGUGGUACAAGUGGUAUGCUUAAAAGGCUACUUAAAACAUCAGCUAUGAAAAAUGUACUUGCUCAACAUCCACAAAUACAACAACAUCAACAACAACAACAGCAACAACAACAGCCACAAUGAAAAUUGUGGUACAAUCACAAUGGCUAUUCUACAAAUGACGAUCAUUAUUAUCAGUAUGAUUAAAUUUUAUAAAACAACGUGUGAAAAAUUUUAAAUGUUUUUCAAUUUUUCAUUUUAAAAAAAAAAAGCCAUUAGUGAUGCCGUUUAUGUGAUUGAUUUUUAUUUCGGUUUUUAAUUUAUAUAUUAAUUGUUAAUAUCAUUUUUUUUUUUUUUUAUUUUAAAUUGAUAAGAGAGUUUGUUCUGGGUGUCGCCCUUAAUUGGAAUUGUUUUUUUUUUAUUUUUUUUUUAACUUAUCUAUUAUUGGUAUAUAAAUAGAUAUUUGUAUAAUAUUAAUUUUCUAUUUCGUCGAGACUGCACUUAAUCCAAAGAUGAUGGACGAAUUGACUGAAAAUAAAAAAAAAAAUUUUUUAAAUUAAAAAAAAAAUGAAUGAUUAAAAUUUUACGUGAAUAAGCUUAACCAAAAUAAUGGUAAUCGAUCGAUCGGAUACAUUCCAUGGAGACUGCUGUAAUUAUUUUUUUUUUUUUUUUUUUUUAAAUAUUGUCAACUAAAUUUAACUAAUCAACCGAUCGAGCGACAAUCGAAAUUUAUUAUUAAAAGAAAUGCUGGCUAUGAUAUGAGAAUGAAAAAAAAAAUUCUCUUUUAAAUUUGAUGAUUUAAAUUUUAAAAUUAAAUGUACAAUGAUUUUUAUUUCUUUGAAUCAUUAGACAAGUAGAUAGAGGCGAAACUGAGUCAAACUCUGUUUUUUAAAAAAAAGAAAAAAAAAAAACAAUUUAUGCUUAAUGCAGGCGGACAUAUCGGCAAG